UUGCAGGAGGGCAUAAGACUGGCUGUGCUCUAACCCUCCAGUAAGAUCUCACAGGCUGACUACAGCAUCAACACUCUCCCACCAACUAGUUCACUUUUAUUGUUUCCACCCACAUUGAAUUCAAUAUUAUCACAUCCAGCCACCUCAUGGACAUCCUAAACUAUAUAUAAGAGGCAAGACUGGAGCUGGUAUGCUCUACACAACACUAAGAGAGCUAAAGGGCAGCUGCUAACUUACUUUCACACAGAAACUUAACAAAAGGAUGAGUGAUUGAGUCCUUUAUUUUAUUGUAUUAUUUCAACACAACAAAAAGGAUCCAGUUGGAAAAAAAAAAAGAAAGAAAAAGAAGAUUUUAGAAACUACAGAGAAUCCAUCAGCAAAGGAUUCUACGAAUUCCAAGCCUGGAGAGAUCCGGUUAGUUAAUCCUGAUCCCAAGCAGAUAUGAGAGAUCUCAGGUGCUCUGCAUUGCUGGCUCUGGUACUCUCCAUGCUAUCUUCUGGAUACUGCAAAGAGAGGACUGACUCCAGCACACUCAGUGACAAAAACCUCUUAAAUUUCAUCAUGAAAAUUAUUAAAGACUUAAAAAAGCAUAAUUUGGAAGAUGAGAAUGGGGUGCAGUAUGUGUCCAAGCAGGAAGAUUACAGCUCAGAGGCCAAGGAGGAUUUAGAUUAUGGACUGUAUCACGAGCAGAAAGUGGAAAUAGUUCCCAGAGACCUGCGGAUGAAAGAAAAGUUUUUAAAACAUUUAACAGGUCGACUGUCUUUCCCUAGUCCGAACUGCAAUAAACUCUUUCGCAGACUAUACAAUACUACAAGAGACUGCACCAUUCCUACACAUUAUAAAAGGUGUGCAAGACUUCUAAGUAGGUUGGCGGUUAAUCCCUCGUGCAUGGAUGGAUAACACAUUGACAAGGUCUGAACACAGCAAAGACAAUGAACAAAAUACCCAAGAACUAAUGAAAAGUGCCUUGGAAACAAACAGGGAAAAGUUUAAUAUGUUUCUAGCAUAUUCCAUUGUGAACAAAAAAAAAGAUUUAUUUUUACAUAUUGACAGAAUACUAUAUUCCAUAAUUCCACUCACAUACGUUUUAUAUGGUGUCUGCUUUAAAUGCAAAUGGAUGUUGCGUGCAAGUGCAAUGUAAGUACUACCACUUAUUACAACACUUCAGGUUUGAUCCAUUAUGUUGCCAAACUACAUAAAUGUGGGACCUAUCUAAGGAUUUGUUGCAAUUUAUUUGUAAUAUUUAAGUUCCUUUUUGUGUAUCUAAAAGGUAUACUAGGUUCUGCUUUGCAACACUGGCUUAUGCAACAAUAGCAAUGUUUCGUUAAAAUGAUUUUUUUUUAAAUCUGACUUCGAUAUAAGAAUCACAGAUUUCUCAUUGAGUCUAAUUCAAUGUUUGCAUGAUAAUUGCCUUGUUCAUUGUCUGUUCGAGACAAUGCAAUUUUAUGCGGAGAAAAGAGUGCUGCAUACAGUUAUACAUGGUAGCGACAUUUGUGAAUAAGUGUAAUGAAAAUACAGGUUUAUAAAACAGUUAUAUUCAGGAUAGUGCCAUUAGUUUUCUUGUACAUUACAUGUAAAAAAAACAUUCCAACAUGUGCAAUAUGUAAAUAAGUGUAAAUACGGUAUACAUAAUAAAGUGUUUGGUAUAUAUACAUUAAA